AGAUGCUUUAUUUUUUCUGUUUAAUUGCUAUUAUAUCAGCCUAAAAAAAUAAUCAAAAUAAUGAUUAAAAGGAGAGCAAAGAAGGUUAGCAAUAAUAUUUAUUAAGUAGAAUAUGAAUUAAGGAUGAGUACAAAUAUUUUUAAUUCUUGCAUUAUUGUUUCUUAUAAUUAUUUAACUCAAGAGAAUGAAUAAAUUGCAAAAGAUUUAAAUAUAAUUAUGGAGGCUUAUGAGGAUAUUUAGGACUUUGAAGAAAAAAUUAAAUAAUAAUAUAUUGCUUCAAAAAGAAUCAAACUUGAAUCCUGUAAACACUGUGUUAAAAGGCAGACAAUUUAAGGAGCGUAUUAAGUUUGAAUAAAUUAUUAAUAAAAUAGAUUUUAGAAGAAUUAAAAAGUAAAAAAUUUAAUGCAGAAAAAUAUUAUUAUUUGAUGGAUGGAUUUUAAUUAAAAAAUUUCUAUGAUAGAUAAAUAUAACAUAAAUUCGAUAGAUAAGAUGAUACUCUUUAUCAAAUAAUUGAAGUAUCAUUUAUUAUAUAUCAUAAAGGAUUUUUUAUCAAAAUCAAGAGAAGCUUAAGGAAUUCCAGAAUUAGGAUUUAAUGAUUUAUAUCCUUAACUAAACUAAAAUAAUGAAUUGAAAACUGCUUUAUUUGGGAUAGACAUUGAUUCAUCUUGGUUUUCAUAUAUGAUUUUAAUUUCAGUUGUUCUUGUAGUGAUUGUUAUUAUGAGAUAUGGUAUUUAUUAAUAUUAAUUAAUAGCUUAUACCACUCUUUAAGAUUCUUUUAAAACCAAAUCAAAGAAAUAAAAGAAAUAAAAAUGA